AUGGCGGCCACCAAGAUGACGAAGAACCAGAUGAGGAGGGCGAAGAAGAAGGAGCAGAAGAAGUCCGCCACGGAGGAACCCGCGACAAAGGCAGACGCCGCUGAGACCAACGGCACCGACACCCAGCCGGAAGCCGACCUCGAGACGUCGAAAGAACCUCCUCGCGAGCAACCGCAUGCCGACGGCCCACUAAUCGAGGACCUCGAGGAUGAUCCGGCCUUUGCGAUCUACAAGGACAUAUUCAACAAGUUCGGUGCCAACACAGAGGAAGAUGCGGUGGCACAGGAGGCGAAUGCUGGCAAUACGGGCGACGUGUUUUUUGGCGACGAUGACGAUAUUCCCGAUGAGGAGGACGCGCAACCGAAAAUGUCAAAGAAGAAGCGGAAAAUGCUCACCAAGCUCUCCGUGGCCGAGCUGAAAGCCCUCGUCCGCAUUCCCGAGGUCGUAGAAUGGCAAGACGUGUCGUCCAACGACCCUCGCUUGCUCGUCCAGAUCAAAGCGCAGCGCAAUGUCGUUCCUGUACCCACACACUGGUCGUUGAAGCGCGAGUACCUGUCAUCGAAACGCGGUGUCGAGAAGCCACCAUUUCGCCUUCCGCAGUUCAUCGCGGAGACAGGCAUCACCGAGAUGCGCGACGCCGUGUUGGAAAAGCAGGCCGAGCAAUCGCUCAAGCAGAAGCAGCGCGAACGCGUGGCUCCCAAGAUGGGCAAGCUGGAUAUCGACUACCAGAAGCUCUACGACGCGUUCUUCCGAUUCCAGACGAAGCCGGAGCUGACACGGUUCGGAGAAGUGUACUACGAGGGCAAGGAGAGCGAAGUGGACUAUCAGCAUUUCAGACCGGGAGACUUGACAGAGUCGACAAAGGAAGCCUUGGGCAUGCCGCCCGGUGCGCCACCACCGUGGCUCAUCAACCAGCAGCGCAUCGGCGUGCCGCCCUCCUAUCCAACCCUGAAGAUACCUGGUCUCAAUGCACCGCCACCUCCUGGCGGCUCAUGGGGAUUCCACCCCGGUGGCUGGGGCAAACCCCCUGUGGACGAAUUCAACCGCCCUCUGUACGGAGGAGAUGUCUUUGGUCUUACCGGGCCUAACGGUACGCAGAACCAGCAAGCGCAAGCUGCCCAGUCGCAGCUGGCGGAUCCUGUUGAGCGCAAUCUCUGGGGCGAGCUGCAGCCUCGAGAGGCAGAGUCUGAGGAAGAAGAGGAGUCUGAUGAAGAGGACGAGGACGAGGACGAGGAGCCCUCCGCCAGUGGUAUGGAGACGCCGAGCGGCAUGGAGACUCCUGGAGGUUAUGCGAGCACGAUUGCGCCAGAUCACGGCGUCGAGACGUCGAUUGCGGGCGAGAUGGAUCUGAGGAAAGAACGCCGUGGCUACGACACCGAAGAAUCAUCAGCACCAAGAUCAGCCUACACAGUCCUGCCCGAGAGACAGGUGCGCGCAGAGGGCUUCUUUGGCAGUGACCGCGCAUACGAUAUGCCCACGAACAAGCCGCCCGUUCUUGGCUCCGGACAAGAUGAGCGGAAGCGCAAGAAGCCAGGCGACGUCGAUGUUGCCAUUGAUCCAGAGGCUCUCCAAUCUGGUGGCCUUCGGAAGGAGGACAUGAGGAAACGAUACGAUGAAGGCCUGCGGGAAGAGGGCGUGGGAGCUAAGUGGGCGCACGAGGAUGACCUCAGUGAGAUGAUUGCGCAGGAGAGCCGAAAACGACAGAAGACGGAGCAGGAGAGGGGGCAGAAGAAGAAGGAGGGCAAAUACAAGUUCUAA